AUGCAGUCGCAACAGCAGUCGCAACAACCGCCACAUUCCCACUCGCAGUCGCCCACGAUCGUCGGUAGCAGCCAGCCUGCGCCGCUAGCGGGUCCCUCGACACCAGGGCCGACCGCGGUGCCCGCGACGCCGGCGCCGCUGACGCUCGAGCAGCAGCACAUUACCGCCGUCGAGGGCAUCGUCCCGACACUGCAGAACAUCGUCGCGACGGUCAACCUGGACUGCCGGCUGGACCUGAAGACGAUUGCGUUGCACGCACGCAACGCGGAGUACAACCCGAAGCGUUUCGCGGCCGUCAUCAUGCGCAUCCGCGAUCCGAAGACGACCGCGCUCAUCUUUGCCUCGGGCAAGAUGGUCGUCACCGGCGCGAAGAGCGAGGACGACUCGCGGUUGGCGUCGCGCAAGUACGCGCGAAUCGUGCAAAAGCUUGGCUUUGACGCCAAGUUCUCUGAGUUCAAGAUUCAGAACAUUGUCGGUAGUUGUGACGUCAAGUUCCCUAUCCGUCUGGAGGGUCUUGCGUACAGCCACGGACAGUUCAGCAGUUAUGAGCCAGAGCUGUUCCCUGGUCUCAUUUACCGCAUGAUCAAGCCGAAGGUCGUGCUGCUGAUCUUCGUUUCCGGCAAGAUUGUCCUAACGGGCGCGAAGGUCCGAGAGGAAAUUUACACCGCAUUCAACACGAUCUAUACAGUGUUGUGCGAGUUCCGGAAACCAUAA